ACUUUUUCUUGUAAGAGUAAAGAAACUGAUUCAUCAUAUUGUACUUAUCCUAUAUGUUGUAUAUAAUGUACAUAAUUGAAUAAAGAAUUGAUUUCUGUAAUGGGAUUGAAACCUGAAAGUUACUCUUUAAUGCAUUUAGUACACUAGAAGCAUGGGUGAUGGUGUAGUAAAGAAUGGUGCAUACAAAUAUGAAGAUGGUACAAAAUAUAUUGGGGAUUGGAAUUCAAAGGGGUUGAAACAUGGUGCUGGUUCUUUACUCCUUCCUGAUGGAACACGUUAUGAUGGUGGCUUUCAAAAUGGAUUGUGUUCUGGCUUAGGAGUUAUAAUAUUCCCAGAUGGAGCAAAAUAUGAAGGUGAGUUUAUGCAAGGUUGGUUUCACGGUCAUGGUGUAUUUUGGAGGUCAGAUGGGAUGAAAUUUGAGGGAGAAUUUCGUGGUGGGCGUGUAUGGGGAUUAGGAUUAAUUACAUAUGCGGAUGGAUCACAUGGUUUUCCUAGAAAUGAAGGAUUCUUUCAAGAUUGCAAACUUGUACGUCGUAGACAUUGUCCAGAUAUAGUACAGAAGGCACAGAAGAUUUCUAUGAUGGCACGUGCCCAAUGUAAUUAAAUAUUAAACAUAAAUAUUAGUUAGUUAUAUUAAAACUUAAUAAAGAGAUAUAAUAUGUCAUACUAUAA